ACCCAGGCCAAAUCUAUUUGAUCAUCAAAGAUCACAUAAAACAAAGAAUCUCCCAGCCGCCGCCGAGAUCAACCACCGUUUCCGCCGCCGUCUACCGCCACCGAUAUGGACUGUGGCAAGAUCCUCCCGGUUGCAGAUUACUCCCAUUAUCUUGUAUACACCCUUUUGUUCUUUGGUGCCUUCUACAUUCUCAUCAUCUCAAGUAACCCUAACCAGUCCAUGAAUCCCCCCUAUCUCUUCCAUAGCCAAAACCCUCCAUGCCAACCUUCACCGCCCACCACUGAAAAGCAUAGACUGAAGAUGUAUAGAGAUAAGCUGGAGGAGGCGUUAGCCGGAGCGUCGACGGAGAAUAAGACGGUGAUAAUCGCGGUGGUGAAUAAAGCGUACGUGGACGGCGACAAGUCGAUGUUGGAUCUGUUCUUGGAGGGGUUCUGGGUAGGGGAAGAUACAAGGGCGUUGGUCAAACACUUGCUGAUCGUCGCCGUCGACCAAACGUCGUACGAGCGUUGCACGUUCUUCGGGCUUCAUUGCUACAAGCUCGGAACGGACGGCGUCGAUUUCGUCGGAGAGAAGGUGUUUAUGUCGCCGGACUUCUUAAAGAUGAUGUGGAGAAGAACUCAAUUCUUGGGUGACGUUCUUAAACUCGGUUACUCCUUUAUAUUUACGGACACUGAUGUAUUAUGGCUAAGAAAUCCAUUCCCCAGAUUAAGUGACCUAAACGAAACCCUAGACCUUCAAAUCAGUACAGAUCUCUUCAACGGCGAUGAUCGGUCGGAAUCAAACCCGAUCAACACCGGCUUCUAUAUGGUCCGAUCCAACAAAAGAACCAUCGCGUUGUUCGAUUCCUGGUACGGACUGAAAAACUCGUCGAAUGGAAAGAAAGAGCAGGACAUGUUGAACCAGUUAAUUAGCCAAGGCGUGGUCGCAGAGCUAGGGCUGAAAGUGAAGUUCCUGAACACUCAAUUCUUCAACGGAUUUUGCCAGGUUAGUCGCGACGUUAAGUCCGUCGUGACGGUGCAUGCGAACUGUUGCCGGACUAUAACCGCCAAGCUAGCUGAUUUGACGGCGGUGAUUCACGACUGGCAGAGGUUUAAAAGCUUCGCCGGCGAUGCGAACCAGACGGCGGUGUUUCGUUGGUCGCCGCACUAUCGCUGCAAGGAUUCAUGGAGACACUGAUGCAUGUGCUAUAUAUAUAUAAUGCCUGUACUGAUAUGUGUGUAGUAUAAAUGUUUCGUAGUAUGAUUUUUCGAUAUAAUUAAAGAUUAA